GACCCGGUAGGAUGAACACAAAAUGUAUUAACCUCACUCUGUGCACGCAAACACACACACUAACACACACUCACACACACUCACACACACACACAUCUGUCACCUCCAGAUGCUCAGAUCCACAGUUCAUGUGAUGCAGGACUUAAACUUUUGUUGAGCAUGAAUUAAAUCUGGUUCACAUCAAACUGUCGUGAGAUUCUUUUUAAUAAAAUGUUUUCUGUGAACCACGUCUUGGUUUCCACCGUGACGGAGCUUCUGGUUAUAUUUCAGCACUUUAUUGUGAACACUGCACAAUAGUGAAACGCUAUGUCAGCAUAAAGAAACCGCUGUUUUCCAGGUGACUGCAGUUGUGACUGUAACGUCUGCAGUGAGACGGUUUCCAGGCAGAACACACGGACGUGUGACGUCAGCACCGCACUGAAAUCACAAAAUCAGCACUUUCACCUUGAUGCAUUUCAAUUCUAAGCCUGCGAUCGGCAAAACAGCGUCAUGAUCAUUUCCUGUACUGGCACAGGAGACAGUUUCCAUCUGAGCCGAGGGACACGCUGAACUAUAAAGUAUGCAGUGCAUGUUCCUGACUCUGAUGGGAUGGACCCUGGUCACCCUCAGCCUCUGUCGGCCCGUGUGGACCGCGGCGAAGGUGAUCCAGCCGUACAGAGUGACGAGCAUCAGCGGCACAGCUCAGGUCCAGUGCUUCAUCCAGCCCCAGCCCUUCUACCUGCAGCAGACCCAACCCUCGGACUACUCUUACCCUGAGGAGAUCCGUGUGACCCUGCUCAGAGGCCUCCACGGCUCCCAGGGCCUCUGCUCCACCACGCUCAACUUCACCGAGCACGGAGAGACAAGUGUGGAGGAGCUGGGGGAGGUGCAGUGUUCUGCUGAGGUGACAGGGGGCGCCGUGCAGGUGACCGUGUCAGGACUGAAAGCCGCAGACACAGAUUUGUAUCGCUGUCAGAUCCAGGUCCUCUACCCUCCUCCAUACCUGCGGCUCACUGGGAACGGGACCCUCAUCCAUGUCCCAGACAACUGUGACGCUCCCGUGCAGGAGAGGGUUCAGCAGGGUGAUGAAGAGGAGGGUGAGGAGGGUGAGGCGGAGAAGGAACCAGUCAGCGCCCCUGUGGUGGUCCUGGUGAUUCUGGUCAUGUUCGUCCUCAUCAUCAUAAUCUACCUACAGACUCUCCAGUGUGAACGAGGGAAGAAGGACCGUGUUGUUCCUGGGUCGGCUGCUGGAAGCUGCUGAAGAGCCACAGCAGCAGCAGCUUUAGAGUUAAUGGAUUCAUGGUUAACGGAUCCAGGGAGCACCUCUGUUCUCAUUGAGGUUCCACAUGUGGACGUCGGUGCAGGAGUUAUUUCUUUAGCACCACAGUAAUGUUUACAUUGUUGUAAACUCAAACUAUAUUAUAUUAUUUUUUCUGUUUAAAAACAAAAUCACUUGAUUUUUUAUUUGGUAGAUGCUUCAGAUCAUUAAGGUGCAUUAUGGCCAUAAAGGUUAUUUGCCUGCAGUCUAUUCGUAACUACCUCGUGUCUGUGUAUUUUGCAUUGUUCAGCA